GUUUAAAAUUAAACACACGAAGCAGGCCAAAGUCCCAGUUGCCCUUGCCUUUAGUUUAGACUAGUUUAUUCAUUCAGAUUCAGUAAAGAGCGCAGAACACAUGUUGUAACUCAAGGCCGAAGACUCCGAAUUGUACUUUCCAAUAAAAAAUCUAAUUCUGCCAACAUAGAUACAAACACAAGAUCAGGCUAGUUAAUCAAAUCAGGCAAUGAAUAAUAAACAGGGCGAAUUGUCUGAAAAUAGGACGGAGAAGAUGCCGACCCAACAGCUGCGUAAGCCGGUCAAACGGCUCAAUGGAAAAGUUCGUGGGGUGGUGACCCCUGAAAAUUCCCCGAAGGAGCUCGCUCACCCAUCGACUUUCCCGGCUGUGGAAAGCCACACGCACACCCUUAAGCGGAGGCGCAGUAGGGCAUUCAAGAAUUUUUUGGCCAAGUUUAAAAGAUCCAAUCCCGGAAGUUUGACCGCUGAGGCCACCUCUAUGUGGCGCAAAAUGAGCCUCCAGGAAAAGGAACAGUUUCGAGCGGGCAUCUCAGAUCGGCAUAAGACGAAUCAAUGGGACGCAAACGCUGUAGUUAGUCAGGUUGCUGAGGAAGCACCAUCCUUAGAAAUAGUUAUUGAUACUGCGGCAGAGCGGCAAAUUCAUAACGACCAAAUUCAUAACGACCAACUUCAAGAAAGUCCAGAUGGCAAAAAACUCUCCUGGCUGAGUUUUAGUUGCAUUUCCAAAGCUUUAAAUAACGCAAAAAAUUUAUUUCAUUAAAUCAUUUUUCUCCAAAUUGUUAAUGUUCAAUAUAAAAAAGUAAUAAAAAUAAAUUAUAUUAGUGUUAAAA